AUGGCUUCCUACACCAACGGAUUCAAUACUUUCGGUGGGGACAUGGCCCGGUUUCUUCAAGCUUCUGCUUCCAAUGGCCACCAACCGAACGGAACUGGACAAUUUGGCGGUAACACCAACCGCAAUGGACAUGGUCGCGUGAAUCGCAACCAAAAUUCUCCUCGUGGGAACAGACGGCGAGGAGGAAAUGCUGGCGGUCAGAGACCCAACCAGCAACCUCGUCGUUCUCCUAAUACCUCUAAUCAUCCGAAUGGGGCGAACACCCACAAGCGUGGGAACAAUCCCAGACGGCAGGGCAAUUCGCCCAACAACACACAGCCUCGGCAAAAUGCGGCGCCUAGACACCCGGGCAACAACAACAACAACCGGCGUCGUGCACAGCAGCUUCGUGCCGCUUUCACACGCACCCGGGAUGGCGACGUUGUGAUGAGGGACGCAUUUGUUGCGCCCAUCACGGCCCCGGCUGAAGAAGAUAGAGACGCGGUUAUGACAGAUGCCCCUCCCCUCCCAGAAACGAGGGUCGAGUGUUUCACUCAGGGGGCUUUGGCAAUGAACUGGAUUGCCACAGCCAUGUUGAACCUCGCUGUGAACGACGAGGCUCAGGGGAGCACCCCCACUCACCUCCAGACGGGUGGUGCCCCCUUCUACUUCUAG